AUACAGACUAGAAUGGGGAAGUCGAUAGGGGUAUAUAUGUAAAAGGACAUUUGUUACUAUAAAAGUCCGGCCCCAUUCCUGGUCCCCGCUCCUCUGCCCGUCUCUCUCUCGGUUGCUACUCUUGCAAUCGCGUUCUGGUCGGCCGCCCUAGAUGCCGCCGCGCCACCCCCCGUUGCUUACAUUUAUGCAGAACAUGCAUUUGCAAAGCCCAAUGAUGAGAAUGCUUUGAAUUUGAUGAACUCACCGCCUGUAGUCACGCGGGAAUGGUGAAAGAAGGCAGGCGGAUGCUGAGCUGCAUGAAGGAUAGCCAUGGAAUCGAUCCGAAGCUGGAGCACUAUGGAUGCGUCAUCGAUCUCUUGGCACGCGCGGGCUUGUUCGAGGAGGCAGCGGAGCUUACAAGAGCGAUGCCGAUGGAGCCCAGCGCGCCUGCCUUGGGGGCUCUGCUUGGUGGGUGCAGGAUUCACAGGAACAGCGAGGUUGCAGAUGGUGUUGGCAGACACCUUCUUCGCCUUCAACCGGGGCACAGCGGCCGGUACGUCCUGCUAUCCAACAUCUACGCGACAGCCGGUCGCUGGGAUGAUGCCGAGGAAGUCAGAGGCAGGAUGCUGAUAAAUGGAGUAGCCAAGACGCCUGGUAUGAGCAUGAUAGAACCCAAUGGCACACCAAGUUCUGCCUCAAGCUGAUGGAGAUAAAACAAAGGAAGAGGAGCAAGCGGUGUCUGUGCACGGUGAGAAGUUGACCAUUGCUUUCGGGGCUCUUGAAACCGAGCUCCGAGGCUG